CACGUAACGACAACUUGCGCCACUUUGGUUUUCGGAGCGAGAGGCAUCACUGAUCUCGUGCGACAACCGCAAUAAUUUAUUCAUUUUUCAACAUUCCCUUGUGAUCUUUAAGAACAAAAUCCAAAAUGCGUGAAUGUAUCAGUGUCCAUGUUGGCCAAGCCGGUGUACAAAUAGGCAAUGCCUGCUGGGAGCUGUAUUGUCUGGAACACGGAAUUCAGCCUGAUGGUCAGAUGCCCAGUGACAAGACAGUAGGGGGUGGUGAUGAUUCCUUCAACACAUUCUUUAGUGAAACUGGAGCUGGCAAGCAUGUUCCUCGUGCAGUAUAUGUAGACUUGGAGCCAACAGUGGUGGAUGAAGUACGUACCGGUACGUACAGACAACUCUUCCAUCCCGAACAACUCAUCACUGGCAAAGAGGAUGCUGCUAACAACUACGCUAGGGGUCAUUACACCAUUGGAAAAGAAAUAGUGGAUCUCGUUUUGGAUCGUAUUCGUAAGCUUGCUGAUCAAUGUACUGGUCUUCAAGGUUUCUUAAUUUUCCACAGUUUUGGCGGAGGCACUGGAUCUGGUUUUACCUCUUUGUUGAUGGAAAGAUUAUCUGUAGAUUAUGGGAAAAAAUCAAAGCUGGAAUUUGCUAUCUAUCCUGCACCUCAGGUUUCUACUGCUGUGGUGGAGCCUUACAAUUCAAUUCUUACAACACACACUACUUUAGAGCAUUCAGAUUGUGCUUUUAUGGUAGACAAUGAAGCUAUCUAUGAUAUUUGUCGCAGAAAUCUGGACAUCGAGCGACCUACCUACACAAAUCUCAACAGGCUCAUCGGACAGAUAGUUUCUUCAAUCACUGCAUCCCUCAGGUUCGACGGCGCAUUGAAUGUCGACUUGACGGAGUUCCAGACCAACUUGGUACCUUAUCCCCGCAUUCAUUUCCCUCUUGUCACCUACGCUCCAGUUAUCUCUGCAGAGAAGGCAUACCACGAACAGCUGACGGUUUCCGAAAUCACAAAUGCUUGCUUCGAACCAGCGAAUCAGAUGGUGAAAUGUGAUCCACGACAUGGAAAGUACAUGGCCUGCUGCUUGUUGUACAGGGGUGAUGUUGUCCCGAAAGAUGUCAAUGCUGCCAUUGCUGCAAUUAAAACAAAGAGAACCAUCCAGUUUGUUGACUGGUGCCCAACAGGUUUCAAGGUUGGAAUCAACUAUCAACCACCCACUGUUGUUCCUGGUGGAGAUCUUGCCAAGGUCCAAAGAGCAGUUUGCAUGUUGUCUAACACGACUGCAAUUGCAGAAGCAUGGGCUCGUCUCGAUCAUAAAUUCGAUCUGAUGUAUGCCAAGCGGGCUUUCGUUCACUGGUAUGUAGGAGAGGGCAUGGAAGAAGGAGAGUUCUCGGAAGCUAGAGAAGAUUUAGCUGCCCUGGAGAAAGAUUAUGAAGAAGUUGGCAUAGAUUCUACAGAAGGUGCUGAAGACGAAGGAGAUGAAGAAUUCUAAAUGUUUUGGUUCAUUUCUGAAAACUUCGCAGAAAUAAAAAGAUGGAAUCUUGA